AUGGCCUUCGAAAAGAGGAUUCGAAGCCGAAAGGCCCAAUCCAUGAUUACAACCGACACAACCGCUGAUGAUUCUUUUGAGGAACUGUCUUCGGCACCGUCUCUUUCGCGGAGAGAAUACUCCGAAGAUAACCUCGGUAGCUCAAAAUUUGCUGAAGCAAUGAAAAACCCCGACUGGCGUCGACGCGAUGGAUUCAGUGCUUCUGACCAUAUAGACACAACCAACAGCAUAAAUCAAACCAGGCCACAUAGUCGAGAGACUCCCAACAAUGGUACAGAAGGAGAAUAUAUCUCCCAUAUGAGGAAUGGAAGCAUAUCUCCAUGGACUUUCAUUGACAAUUCCAAUCAAUUCCAACCUUGUCUAUGCGGUUCUGAGACUGAUACCAAGGAUUCAAACGUGUCUUUUGCCAACCAAGAACAUGAUAAUGUGCAGGCAGCUGGUGCCAUGAGUGGGCUCUGUACUAUCCGGCUUAACGUCGACCUGGCCGGUGGCCACAGCAAGGACCGCCAACUCCGCGUUCUUCAAGUUUCACCCCUUCCUUCUUACGCUGCCAGCCCACAGGAGCAUAGAGCGGCAGUCCCUAACAUUGAUCAAGAGGCUCCUAUUGCCUACGUGCAACGUGUUGUCAGAACACAGCGAAGAACUAUGCAAAGAACUGAUAGCUCCAAUGCGGAACGAUGCCGAACUCAUCGCCAUAUUUUCCCCACAGAGGCCGGAAACGAGAGUGAACUCGACAAAGAAAGGACUAAAAAGGCCAGGCAAGCUGUACUGAAGGACACAGCUGUUGCCAACAUCGGCAGCACACAUGGAAAAUCUCAACCGGAAGUACCCAGCGGCCCGUCAUCAUCAGCUGAGCAAACCAGAAAGAGUGAAGAACUCGAACGCAGAAAAGCUGCUUUCAUGAAAAUUCUGCAAAAGCUUCAGAAAGGGUCAAAAAAUGAGACUGAAAAAAGCAAGAGAUAUAUAGAUAGGCCUUUUAUCAGCCAUGGUUGUCCUUGGGGCCCAAAAUCAAGCCAGCAGCCGAGCCAAUCUAAACAAAAAAGCUCUGAUUCCGGUAUUGGCUCUCUUUAUAGCGAUCCACGGAGAAAUAAUGACUCAUCUAAUGACUCCGGAAUCCGAAUUGAUUCUGAUGUCCUCACACAUGGGUUGAACCCUAGGGCAAGGGAAUUCCUGUCAUUCAAAAGAAGUUUCCCGGCAGCACCUCAAACUCUGGGAAUUGUCAGUUUUUCAGAAGACGAGAUUUUGAAGAGUAGAUUGUUAAGUCAAACUGAGAAUGGAAGCGAAGACAUCGUUGGAAACACCAUCAGCACUGCAUCCCAUAACAUGGACGACAUUUCUGUUCCCGCACUACAGUCAGACAUUGGUGCCAACAGUACAGAGAGUACAUCUGUUCCAGUGAUAAGUACAGCCGAUUCAACCAAACAGGACUCAGAAGAGAUCAACUACUCAUCGAAUAUAUCGCCGCCCGCCCAUUAUGGAUCCCCAGGGGGUGCUUGUGGCCCUUCAGUGCGAAAUAUCCUCACCCCUGGAGUGCUACCUGGUCUGGGACUUGGAAUCCUGCCAACGCCUGCCACGUUCGGUAAUACGCCGAGCCUAGCAAUGUUUAAUCCUCUUCUACAACAGUAUCCUGUCGCAUCAGGUCACUUCAUGGGCACUUCUGCAGCGCCUCAGAUUUUCUUCAACCCAACGCCGGGAAGUAGUUGUUAUCAACCUCACCCACACCCUGUUCCCAAACCAACCAACCCCGACCCAAUUCAGCAGCAAAAAUAUGAAGAAUACAUUGAAUGGCGUAAAGCUCAUGAGCCUGGAUACGCACUUGCAUGCAAAGGUCGGCAACAACGCCGUGCCCAACGUGGUGUAGCAACGCAACCUGGAUCAAUGCAUCACGCUUCGUGCGAAGGAGCCCAAAUGGUUCAGUGA